GCGAAGUGAAUGUGUUUAUUGGUGUAAUUGAGUACCUGAGGGAGAGGCAUAACGAUUACAAUCGAAAACUCAGCAGAUGAUUACUUUGCUGGUGCAGGUAGGCCACGCGCCAAUACCAGCAGUCGCAAAUUAUAUUCACAAUACACAACGCAGUCAAAGCGUCGUAAAUUAGAAUAUCGAAAGUAUCCAAAAUGUCGCAACUCAUCACGCUCUGUUUGAAGUAUAUGAAUUAUUCCGCCAUUUUGGUCGGCUUCACGCGUUUACGCAUCGACUACAGCAACCAGCGGAUAAUCGAAUCGAAGUUCACUAGUUAUUAUGUUAUUAUACUGAAUAUUGUAACGGUAGUCCUCCUGCCAGCUGCACACGUCAUCUCCAUCAAAUACAUAACUGUCAAUUUCAACAAUAAUUUGCUAGUCUUCACUGACUUGGCCAAUCUCUUCAUCAACUACGCUGUCGUGGUUUUUUCGGUGGUGAGUCGUUGGCGCCGCGAAUGUCUCUACAAAGAACUGUCACAGGAGAUCUUCAAACUCGACUUGUACUAUUUCAACAAGCUAUCUGAGAACUUACAAAUCGAGAAGCGUGCCAAUAUGGUGAUAUUCAUCAAAAUGUGCACUGUCAGCUUAGAUGCGCUGGUACCCAUCUUCGGUGUGUUGAAUCAGGCGAAACAUGUGGACGUGUUUGUAUUCAUGCUCGCCAUGUACUCGAGCCUCAUCGGCACUAUAUUGCAUGCCGUUCUGUUUUUGUUCUUCUACAUGCUUUGGCAUGUACGUAGGCGCAUUUGGCGCCUCAACGCGCGACUUAUUGAGCUCUUCCACGACCUACAAAAGUUGCAGAGGAACGCACGUGACAUGUUGGCGCCAAAGAGUCGCACGUUGCAGCAGUUAAGUGGCUUAGCGGCAGAAGAACUGCGCGAGAUCAGUGGCGUGCAUGCGCGUCUCACCGUGAUGCUAUUGCGCCUCAACCGUGUCUACCGUUGGCAAGUUAUUGCCGUGCUUCUGACAUAUUUGAUAACCAAUAUCUCGUACGGCUACUAUUUUAUCCUUUCACUGCUUGCACCCUCAAACAGCGCUCAGUCACAGACGGCAUCUUCAAUUGUGGUAUCAAUCGCAGCGAGUUUCAUUGUCUUUGUCGAUAUCAACUUGCUCUAUUGGACUGCGGAUGACACCACACGCGCUUGUCAGUAUACUCCACAGAUACUGAGGCACUUUGAGGUUUUGACGCUUAUGAGCACGUCAUUUGAGCGAGAGUGUGAGAAAUUUGCUCUCCAAUUGAAACAACAGAAGAUGGAUAUUAAUAUAGCCGGCAUGUUUUUGCUGAAUCGCCAGACCUCAUUGGCUCUGUGGGCUUUCUGUGUGCGCCACAUCCUGUUGCUGGUGCAAUUCGAUUACGAGGCACGAAAGCGUACGAGCGGAUCGAGCGGCGUAUUGGAGCACAUCAAUCAUAUACUACAGUUUGGCGAGGAUGAGAGAGUAGAGUGAGUGAGAAGCUCAGAAAAGUACAUACAAUGAGACCGUUUAAAAUGUCUGGAAUUACUUCAACUUACUUUAUUAAUGUAUAUGUAUGUAUAUAGCAAACGCACACAAACAUAUU